AUGCCGUUCGCUGUAUGUUUCCCUUCGACUUUCCCCCUGGACGCACCGUCGGCCUUGCAGCAUCUCAGCCAGCGCCUCUGCCUUACGCCCACCGCAGCACGAAACAUUGCCAGAUGCCGAGACCGCGGCCACACUGAACGCCACACACAAAAGCUAACAUCCUUGAUGCAGACCCCCGUCAUGCGUGCCGAUUUCCGGAGCCAGUACGGCCCGAAGUACCACUACUCCUCCAACUACAAGGGUAUCACUGUCAAGACGGUGUUCCGUUAUGCUUCCGUUGCUGGCCCCAUUGCCGGUGCUCUCGGUGUCGCCGCGCUCUUCUACGCCUCGGGCAUCCCGCGGGUACAGAAAGACAUUCUCCAGAAGAUCCCUCUGAUCGGCCCCUACUUUGUCAAGACGACGCACCCCGCCGACUCUGUACGUGCUUUCCGCUCUCUGCUUUGA